CACAGGUUUGUUAGGGAAAGCACUUCCUGUGAACAUAAUCUUGUGCUCGGACGGUGAAAGAAAAAAGAAGGGCGUGUUUUCGAGAGAGCCUUGGGGGGUCACGUCAGUCGGAGACUCGGAACAGUUGAGGACCAGCAGAGGACGAGAUCUCUAGACCGAGAUUUGAAAGAAGCAGUUCUACCAGCACAUGGCUCUAUCCAAGAUGGAAGUCUACAUCUUUGUCUUUCUCUGUGCUGGCUUGAUGUCAACAAUACUAGGACUGAAACCUAUCGGUCAAGAAAGUAAAAAGCCACCACCAGAUCCUGCCACCUGUGCGAACUAUCCUGGGUUUCAGCUGUACCGAAACAAGCAUGUGCAGAUGUGUUUAAAGUUUAUCAAGUUCCAGAAUUCAAGUCAAAAUGCGCCUGCUCAAUAUCGUUGUGGACAUGAAGGUUCACUCAUUGCUACAUUCGAGUCUAAAGAAAAACUUGAAAUUCUCCAACAGCAAAAAAGAUGCGUAUGGGUAGAUUUCGAACAAACUGCUUCUGGAGCAAAUUAUUUUGUUUUUGGGCGACUUACUUAUGAAGUGAAGUACGAUGAGCAAAAGCAUAAAGAUCUAUUUUACCAAGGUUCUCCGCGCUACAUUAAUAGCAAGGACAGUAUAACAAUUUCAGUCUAUAGGGAUCUUUGUGGUUUCUACCACCCUAAGUACAGACUGUUUGCUAUGGAAUAUUGUGAUUUCCCUGGCCGAAGGUACAGAAAUUGCAAUUUUGGUGUUGUAUGUGAGAAAUGGGAAUAUACCUUAGAUUAAUCUGGAAUACAACUGGAAUUAUUUUGGCACUAUUUCAUGAAUUAAAUAUGUAUAUAUGUAU